CCCACUACUACUGUUGCGCUCAUCAUCAACAUAUUCUCCACGAACAUUUUUUUUUUACUUGUUACGUUGAUUUUGUGGCAUUAAAUCGGAAAAAUAACGAUAACCCUAGGCCGUGCGAACAUGUGCUAAGCGUAAUUACAGUGGUAGAAUAACAAAUAAACCAACAUUCCAGCCGAAAAAAGCAAACGUGUGUGCGUGUGCGGUGUGUGUUGAAAUUUUUUGUCGCGUUGUAAAAAAUUUUGCACUGGUAGCGGACGCAGAAGCGGUCGCAAAGGGCAGUAGCUGAGUAGUGAGCGAGAGCGAGAGUGCAACAAAAUAGCGGCCGGCUGGUGUGUCCGUGUGCGUGGGAGUGAGGAAGUGUGUGCGAAUGCUCGUGUGUGUGUGUGUGUGUGAAAGAUCUGCAAAGAAAAACAACCGUUAGUACGUUUGGCGGUCUGCGCCGACCAGCAACAAAAAGAAAACACGAAAAGCGCGUAGGCCGGCAAAAAGAAUACAAAAAAAAGAAAGAAAGAAAAAAAAGACAAAAGCAAAAGCAGCAAAAGUAAAGUUGCAGCGGAAGAGCGGAGCAGCAGGAAAGCUGAUUCAACGUUUCUCGCCUCCACAAUGAACUCCGAGCAUGGAUUCAAUCCUGCCUUCAAUAUGGCCACCAUACGGCAAGCUUUCACAGAGGCGGUGGAGAGAGUCAGAAUGCCAACGCCCACACGCCUGCGCGAUCUCAUCCGACAGAUACGCGCCGCGAGAACCGCUGCCGAGGAGCGGGCGGUGGUCAACAAAGAGUGCGCCUACAUACGUAGCACGUUCCGCGAGGAGGACUCUGUCUGGCGCUGUCGCAACAUUGCCAAGCUGCUGUACAUACACAUGCUCGGUUAUCCGGCUCACUUUGGCCAACUGGAGUGCCUUAAGCUGACGGCCAGCACGCGUUUCACAGAUAAACGGAUUGGCUAUUUGGGCGCCAUGCUGCUGUUGGACGAGCGGCAGGAUGUCCACCUACUCAUCACCAACUGUUUGAAGAAUGAUUUGAACAGCUCGACGCAGUUCGUUGUGGGCCUGGCUCUGUGCACUUUGGGUGCAAUUGCCUCGCCGGAGAUGGCCCGGGAUUUGGCCAGCGAGGUGGAGCGUCUGAUGAAGUCACCGAACACGUAUAUACGCAAGAAGGCGACACUGUGUGCCUUCCGUGUCAUUCGUCGAGUGCCGGAGCUAAUGGAGAUCUUUCUGCCGGCCACGCGUUCCCUGCUCAGCGAGAAGAAUCACGGCAUUUUGAUAACAGGCGUUACGCUGAUUACGGAGAUGUGCGAGAACAGCUCGGACACACUGAUGCAUUUCAAGAAGGAUAGCGGAAAUCGAGAGAUUGUGCCGAACCUCGUGCGCAUAUUGAAGAACCUGAUUCUGGGUGGCUACUCACCGGAGCAUGAUGUUAGCGGGGUGAGCGAUCCUUUCCUGCAGGUGAAAAUCCUGCGACUACUUCGUAUACUUGGCCAUAAUGAUCCGGAUGCCUCGGAGGCAAUGAAUGAUAUCCUGGCUCAAGUGGCCACCAAUACGGAGACGAGUAAGAAUGUGGGCAAUACGAUCCUCUAUGAGACAGUGCUCUCCAUCAUGGAUAUACGCUCUGAGGGUGGCUUGCGCGUUCUGGCCGUGAAUAUUUUGGGGCGAUUUCUGCUCAAUUCGGACAAGAACAUCCGGUAUGUGGCACUGAACACGCUGCUCCGGACAGUGCAUGCGGACACAUCGGCGGUGCAGAGGCAUCGCACCACCAUAUUGGAGUGCCUGAAGGAUCCGGAUGUCUCCAUUCGACGCCGAGCUAUGGAGCUGUCAUUUGCAUUGAUUAAUGCACAAAAUAUACGUACAAUGACCAAGGAGCUCUUGCUGUUCCUCGAAAAGGCGGAUGCCGAGUUUAAGGCGCAAUGCAGCUCGGGCAUGAUCCUGGCCGCCGAGCGAUACUCGCCAAACACACGCUGGCAUUUGGAUACGCAGCUAAGUGUGUUGAUUGCCGCCGGUAACUAUGUACGCGACGACGUCGUCUCCUCCACCAUUCAGCUGGUGUCCAGCAGUCCCGUCCCGGAGCAGACGUAUAUCACGAAUCGAUUUUGGGAGUCGCUGCAGGUGAGCAAUCACUGUGAGGAUAAACAGCCGCUGCUGCAGGUUGCCGUCUGGGCCAUAGGCGAGUACGGUGAUCUCUUUAUGUACGGCGCCAAUGAGGAUGAGUUUGAAAGGCCCACGGAGAGCGAUCUGAUCGCUGUGUAUCAUAAGUUUUUAACCUCUGCUCAAGUCUCGACCACAAGCAAGCAAUAUGCACUGGUCUCUUUAGCCAAGCUAAGCACGCGUCUGCAGCAGUGCGUGGAGGAAAUCCAGGCACUGAUCACAUCCUUUGGCAGCCAUUUGAAUGUGGAUCUGCAGCAGCGCGGCGUGGAGUUUACGCAGCUCUUUGGUCACUAUAAGCACCUGCGACCGCCGCUUUUGGAGAAGAUGCCGGCGAUGCAGAUAAGCAGGAUUAGCUCGCAGAAUGGCGAAAGCGGCGGCGGCUCCUUUGACGACAACAGUCCGGAUGUUAUCGAAAAUGGCGUAGAGGGAGCAGGCAAUGGCGGUGGCGGACACUCACUUAUCGAAAGCAAUAUGAACACUCUGGGUGACAAUACGAACAUUUUGCUGGAUCUGCUGGGCAGCACGGAUCUGUCGGCGGGUGGCGGCGGUGACUUGGUUGCGGCCACGGAUCUAUCGAAUGCCGUUCAUAAAAAGAAUUCGCGCAAUGCCAACGAUGGUUUGGCGUCGGCGGCUCCCGUUUCCCAUAACCAGGAUCUGUUGGAUCUGCUUGAUUUGGAUAUGUCGUCGACGACGAAUGCGGGACCACCAACGGGUGGAGGUGGCGGUGGAAUUCUGUCAUUGUCCAUUGGCGAUAACAACCAGAGUAGUGCGGCAGCGGCGUCGUCCAACAUGAACAACAUCUUGGGUGGCCUGGAUCUAGGUGGAUUUGGUUCCGGUCUGGUUGAUGGUUCGGCGUCCAGUAUACCAACAAAUGGCAAUGAUUUGGCCAGCAUGCUGGGCGGAUUGAGCGUCGGCGGUGGAAUGUCAGCGGCAUCGGUGCCCCUAGCUGCUGCUGCUGCCGGUAACCUUAUCGAUAGCGGCAAUCUGCUGGCCGAUCUAAAUCCCAACAAUGCCGCUCUAGUGCCUCCGAGGGGUCCUAAGCUAACAGCGCUGGAUAAGGAUGGACUGCUGGUGCAGCUGGAGCCGGUGUGGGGCAACGAUGGCAUGCGUAUCUAUGUGACAACCACGAAUAGCUCAGAUAAUACCCUGGAGCAGUACUUGCUGAAGGCGGCCGUACAGAAGAGUUUCCAGCUGCAGAUGGUGACCCCAUCCGGCUCAUUGCUGCCACCAGGCGGCGUUAUUACUCAGGAGAUGCGCGUUGUGGCCUCGUCGAAUGCGACUCUACGCAUGCGAUUGCGCAUCCAGUAUAUGCUCGAUGGCCAGCAGCAGGUGGUGCAAACAGAAGUUAGCGGCUUCCCAGAUCAGCUGCCAGCGAGCGCGGAGUAGGGAAACUUUCAACUGUAUUAAAGCAAAAAUCCAGAUUAGCCUAAUAUAUAAUGCAAAAUUCAACACAACAGCAGCAGCAGAAGCAACACUAACACACACACACACACACACACUG